CUUUCUAACACACGCGGUGCGGCAGGAGAUGCAGAACAAAAAGGAAUAGAAAUAAGAAUCGUUAUCGAAAAGACACAACGUCGAAAUGGUUAUAAAUAUUUUUAUAAACAAUAAAUAUUUAAUUACUUGUGCAGAUGGCAUAAAUUAUGAUGAGCUAUGCAGCCGGAUUGAGAAGAACACAAAAUUGCAACCUGCGGAUUACUAUUUGGUAAGCAAUGGCAAACGAUUGGAGGGAGAGGUUGCGCCUGGAGAUGUCCACUGUUUUAUGCGCCAGCUGGGCGGCAAGGGAGGAUUCGGUUCCAUGCUGCGAGCCAUUGGAGCUCAAAUUGAAAAGACCACAAAUCGUGAGGCUUGUCGUGAUUUGAGUGGCCGCCGCCUGAGGGACAUAAACGAGGAAAAACGAGUGCGUGCCUGGCUGGACAAACAGGGAGAGCGGGAUCGAGAGGCAGAGGAGCGAAAGAAGCGAAAAAUCGAGAAACUUCUGUCGGUACCGAAGCACGACUUUAAAGACGAUCAGUACGAGGAAGCUAGAGCCAAUCUUACCGAGAAGGUAAACGACGCCUUCGAGGAAGGGCUCAAGCAAGCGGAAGAAAUCAAGGAGAAGGAGGCUCAGGCCCAGGAAGCAUCAACCAGCGGCAUCAAGAGGAAAUCCCCUGCCGAAGACAAGAGCAAGGCCAAGAAGAAGAAAAAGGGAACGCUUUGGAUAGGUGAUGACAUCUCAGGAUCCGACUCGGACUCAGAAGACAGCGAGGUCGAACCGGAAACUCAGAAAAAGGCCAUCCAAAACUAGACAAAUAAAGCAAACAUGUUACAAGACUAUUUAAAAUUUAAAAGAUUUCGAUUUAAUACUAAGGACUAAGAGGAUUAUUAAGUAAAUUUAUAAAUAAACAUUAGAAUGACA